AGAUUCAGUGCCAUUAAGUCCUGCGAGCCCAUACUGUUUAAAAAAAAAAAAAUGAAGAAAUUAAGGCUUAAGGAACUAGAGAGUCGCCUGCAACAAGUAGAUGGAUUCGAAAAGCCCAAACUACUUCUAGAACAGUAUCCGACCAGGCCUCACAUUGCAGCAUGUAUGCUUUAUACAAUCCAUAACACAUAUGAUGACAUUGAACAUAAAAUGGUUGCAGAUCUAGGAUGUGGUUGUGGAGUGCUUAGCAUCGGAACUGCAAUGUUAGGAGCAGGGUUAUGUGUUGGAUUUGACAUAGAUGAAGAUGCAUUGGAAAUAUUUAAUAGGAAUGUGGAAGAGUUUGAGUUAACAAAUGUUGACAUGAUUCAGUGUGAUGUGUGCUCCUUAUCUAACAAAAUGUCCAAGUCAUUUGACACAGUAAUUAUGAAUCCUCCCUUUGGAACCAAAAAUAAUAAAGGAACAGAUAUGGCUUUUCUGAAGAUUGCAUUGGAAAUGGCAAGAACAGCCACAUAUAAUCUCAACACUUCUGAGAGUGUAAGAUUACAUAUUCAAAAGAAAGCUGCAGAAUGGAAAAUCAAGAUAGAUAUUAUUGCAGAACUGCGGUAUGACCUACCAGCAUCAUACAAAUUUCAUAAGAAGAAAUCAGUGGACAUUGAAGUGGACCUAAUUCGGUUUUCUUUUUAAAAGCCUUCAAAGACAAAAGCAGUCUAAAACCUAAUUAUUAAAAUGAAUAAAAAAAUUUUUUUUACUAAA